ACUUCCCCGUUUGUUGUUGUUUAGUGUGGACAUUUUACAUGUCUGCAGUGCUCACAAACCUCAGGAGGACAUUCGGACAGAAACUGAUCGUAUAACAGUUUGUGUUGAUGUCGAUACUUCGUAUUUAUUUCACAGAUAAGCGAAGUAUCAGUUAUCGUAAAGCUACCUGGCUCAGUAGUGUUAGCUGGUGACUUUUAUUUGUUUAGCUUUAGCCGCACAGCGGUGUGUUUUCCGUCGACUGUCAGGCUAAAGGUUAGGGGUUAGAGGUUAGGGGUUAGGGUCUGAUCAUCUAGGUUUUUACACUAAAUGAGUAUUUGAGUGAACUGACUUAAAGCCCUGUGACCCUGAAGCAGCUACCGUUAGUCUGCUAGCCAGUGAACCGCACCGCUGAAUCAUGGGCUCGGUACUGGGCCGGAGGAUCGCCGGGGUGGAGGAUAUCGAUAUUCAGGCCAAUUCUGCUUAUAGAUUCCCUCCUAAAUCUGGGAAUUACUUUGCAAGUCACUUCUUCAUGGGAGGGGAGAAGUUUGACACCCCUCAUCCUGAAGGUUACCUGUUUGGCGAGAACAUGGAUCUCAAUUUCCUAGGCAACCGUCCAGUGCAGUUUCCGUACGUGACUCCGGCACCACACGAGCCUGUGAAGACUUUGAGAAGCCUGGUCAACAUAAGGAAGGACUCCCUGCGCCUCGUCAGGUAUAAAGACGAUGGUGAUUCACCGACUGAGGAAGGAGCAAAGCCCAAAUCUUUAUACGGAGUGGAGUUUACCUUUGACUCGGAUGCCCGCGUGGCCAUCACUAUCUACUGCCAGGCGUUUGAGGAAUUCUCCAAUGGAAUGGCAGUUUAUAAUCCCAAGAGUCCUGCUAUGGUGUCUGAGACGGUGCACUACAAGCGAGGAGUGAGCCAGCAAUUCUCCUUACCCUCCUUCAAGAUCAGUUUUUCUGACUGGAAGGAGGAAGACCUGAACUUUGACCUGGACAGAGGUAUUUUUCCCAUGGUCAUCCAAGCAGUAGUGGACGAAGGAGACGAUUGUUUGGGACACGCACAUGUGCUGUUGGCUGCCUUUGAACGACACGUUGACGGCAGUUUCUCAGUGAAGCCUCUAAAGCAGAAACAAAUCGUGGACCGGGUUAGUUACCUGCUCCAGGAGAUCUAUGGCAUUGAAAAUAAGAACAACCAGGAGACAAAGCCAUCUGAUGACGAGAACAGUGACAACAGUAACGAGUGUGUGGUGUGUCUGUCGGACCUGCGCGACACACUCAUCCUGCCCUGUAGGCACCUGUGUCUUUGUAACUCAUGUGCAGAUACACUGCGCUACCAGGCCAACAACUGCCCCAUCUGCAGACUUCCUUUCCGUGCCCUGCUGCAGAUCAGAGCAGUGAGGAAGAAGCCUGGCGCUCUCUCUCCCGUCUCUUUCAGCCCUGUUCUUGCUCAGAGCAUGGACCAUGACGAGCACUCAAGCUCUGACUCGGUUCCUCCCGGCUUUGAGCCCAUCUCCCUUUUGGAGGCUCUCAACGGCCUCACCGCCAUGUCCCCUGCUGUGCCAUCAGCCCCUCUGUAUGACGAGAUCAACUUCUCGGGCAGUCUGAGUGGUGACAGCAGGCAGCUGAGUUCUCCUGAACACUCUGGAGAAAGCAGCCUUCAAAAGGGAAAAGUCAGCAAGUCACCUGACAGCACACUACGCUCACCUUCAUCACCCAUUCAGGAGGAGGAUGAGGAAAAGCUGUCGGAGAUAUCUGAUGCACAGGCCCACACUCUGCUGUCCAGCAGUCCAGCUCCAACUGAGUGCACUGGCCCAGAGGAUGCUCCAGACUCUCUGUCUCCAGAAGACGAGGACAGGGUGAAUUCUGAUGGAGAGAUUCUGCCUGACUGUAUCAGCGAGCGCAGCAGCCUGACCAAAGCCGAGAGCGACACACCCGCUCUAGGUCCUGAUUCCUGCUCUAUCGGUAUGGAAGAGUAACUCUGGUUCUUCGGGUUCCAUGGAGAGUUUGAUUACUCGGACCACGAGCUGCUCUAGCCAGCCGCUUCUCUGUCCCAUGAGUUCUUUGCACAUGGAGGAUGAAUAACUGGACCUUGAUCCCUUUUCUGUCCUUAAGGCUUCUACUACCAGCCCAAAGCUCUCUUAACAGCGUCUUUUCACACAGCAGUCCCUCCCGCAGUCCGCUGUCUAGUUGCUUCAGCAGUAAAUCAUGUUUUUGUGUGUUUCAUUCUUUUUGAUUUCACCUACUCGAUUGUAUUUAUUUAGAAAGGCUCUCAAGUCCAGCAAAGCAUACAAGAAACUGGGAAAAGAAGAAGAAACCAGGAAAACAUACAGUACUAGUUUCAGUCACUAGUUUUAAGAAAUACUAAAAUAUUAGGAGCGUUCCUCCAGAUCCAACACUAACUCGAUUAAAGCACAAGUCGCAUUCAGCUUCUUAUUUUUCGUGAAUGCAGUGUUGAUUAUAACAGAGAUAUUUGUCUUUAAUACAGAUCUAUAACUCAGUGAAUUUGAUAUAAAGUCACGUCUUUCAGCGAGUCUCAGGCUUUCCGUUUUCCUGAGCGACGGAGCUAGUCUCCAGAACUGGACCUUGUUUAAGACGUGUGUAUGUAAUGUACAGACUUUUUGCUUUAUCAGUUUUAUGACCAAAAUAUAUCAGUCUAGGUGUAUUCGCUCCUCCACCUACGUAUAUAUUCUGUAGAAAGAACUUUACUUUAAGAACACUACGUUUAGUGACGUGUACAUGGAAACGCAGCGAAUCCACGAGGUGUCACGAGACAUCAUGAAAGCUCUAUAGAGCUAUUUUAGGAGAACUCCGUCCUCACAGCCUGAGAAAUAACCCCAAACUUCUUAUGGUUUAACUCUUAACACACUUAUUCCCGUCUGUCCUCCAACACAACACGGCACCACGAUAUGCAACGUCAUGCAGAUGCUUUGUGAUUGCAGCAUUGUGCAGAGAGGUCCAUGUGCCUUUAACUAGCAGUCUGGCUACUUUAGUGCUUUGAGCUGUUCACUUGUUGUGAUUAAAGAACACAUUUGGAGGCUUGCGGUGUGUGUAUUUAUUCAGCUGUCAGCCUCUGUGCCAGUGUGUGAUACUGAGUAUUCUAAAAUGGUUUAAAAGUGUUUUAUGUUUAUACACUUAAUGACAAAUUAUGGUUUUAAAUUUCAACACUGAGUGAGUGAGUGACAGUGAGUGAGUGAGUGACUGACAGGGAGUGACUGACAGUGAGUGACUGACUGAGUGAGUGAGUGAGUGACUGACAGUGAGUGAGUGACUGACAGUGACUGACAGUGAGUGACAGUGAGUGACUGACUGAGUGAGUGAGUGAGUGACUGACAGUGAGUGAGUGACUGACAGGGAGUGACUGACAGUGAGUGACUGAGUGAGUGACUGACAGUGAGUGAGUGACUGACAGGGAGUGACUGACAGUGAGUGACUGAGUGAGUGACUGACAGUGAGUGAGUGACUGACAGGGAGUGAGUGACUGACAGGGAGUGACUGACAGUGAGUGACUGAGUGAGUGACUGACAGUGAGUGAGUGACUGACAGGGAGUGAGUGACUGACAGGGAGUGACUGACAGUGAGUGACUGAGUGAGUGACUGACAGUGAGUGACUGAGUGAGUGACUGACAGUGAGUGAGUGACUGACAGGGAGUGAGUGACUGACAGGGAGUGACUGACAGUGAGUGACUGACUGAGUGAGUGAGUGAGUGACUGACAGUGAGUGAGUGACUGACAGGGAGUGACUGACUGAGUGAGUGAGUGAGUGAAUGACAGUGAGUGACUGACAGUGAGUGACUGACUGAGUGAGUGAGUGAGUGACUGACAGUGAGUGAGUGACUGACAGUGAGUGGCAGUGAGUGACUGACUGAGUGAGUGAGAGAGCGAGUGAGUGACUGAGUGAGUGAGAGAGCGUGAGUGACAUUAGCAGUCGCUCUAUACAGAUUAUUAAAACGCAUAUGCAAUGUUGAUAACUGGCUUUAUAUUAAAAUAUUAAGUUAAGGUGAAGUUGUGCAUGAUGUUUAAAUAAAGAUGAUCUAUUUAACUAUCUCUCUCUCUCUCUCUCUCUCUCUCUCUCUCUCUCCCUCUCUCUCUCUGAAUAAACACUUACCCCUCUGAUACUGUGCUAUUUCACCCUGAUGCCCCACCAAGCCUUCUGGUAUCUCUGUGUUAUUGUACUGACCUGGUAUCCAGGGUGCGAGUGUCAGCCGUGUGUCUGAUGCUCCACAUUAACAUCAUGAUGUGUUCAAAGUGAAUGUGAAUGACCAAAUAAAUCUUUAAGUAUUUCUUCUUUA